AUGAUUCCUUCAACGUUGCAGCUGGAGAGAGGCAGGAAGAACGCGGGGUCCGUGGUGGGGCAGCAGAUACGAGUUCUGCACGCCAAGUGGCAAGCAGUCGUCUCGUCGCCCUUUCUCGGCUUGCCAGUUGAUCCAUCGCACAUUCGCACCAAUCCCCCUCCACAGUCUGAUUUUGAUUCUUGUUUCCUCACGGGCUGGGGUCCGAUCUGGGGUAUCGAUCUCACGGGGCUUGCGGAAACUUAUGCUCGAUCCAGUGAUUUUCCUGCCACACUCCUGAAAUUUAUGCGAGUGCUCGUUGCUGAAGACAGGCUGGAAUCGAACAACAAGGUAAUCCUCAUGACCAACACAGCAUCACAAGGCUACCUUGUUCUUCUAUGCAACAGCAUAUAUUGUGAUUUGUGA